AUGACUACCAAGUUUCUCCGGGACUUCCUGCCCUCAACGAUGAGUUUCAGAACAGAAGGAGGAACGAUACAUGCAGACGCAGGCGCGAGCAUGAGCCACGAACAUUUCGAGCAAGCACGGUCUUCAUCGCCAUUCUCACCACUUCCGCAAGAACUGAUUGAGCUCAUCAUUGAACACAUCAGUGUGAACGACUUAUGCGGUCUCCGGUCCGUCGACCAGGAACUAUUCCAGAGGACUCAGCGCACGUUUGUGAGACGCGCCUUCAACAACAUGGGCGUCCUCGUAUGCGACGAAGAAGGACUCCAAAUGGCAUGCAAUGUGGCAAGCCAUCCUGUGUACCGUGACGCGAUCCACCAUGUAUCGAUCUACAUGGACCAAUGCUGCGAAUGCGAACCUGACUCGAUUCCGUUGAAACCGGCACUGACAGGUCCUGUGCUACCUGAUCCCGCACAGUUCGAGCGUUGCCUACGACAACAGAAUAUGCGAAGCUCAGGUGUGGAUUUGGAACUCCUGACCAAAUUGCUCUCGCUCCUCAAGGUGCGAGGCAAGCUAAAAAGCAUCACCGUUAGGACGGAAUCGUUCACCACACGCCCACGUCCCAUCCUCGGAAGCGAAUUCGCAGGAACCAACCCCACAGAUGAGAGUGUCUUCAACAGUCGUCAAUGCUAUCGAGGGAGCACUACCGAGCAAGGGCCACUGUGGUGCAUCGGAGUCACUCUUCGAGCUCUCCUUGGUAGUAAAGUCUUUGAGGUUGCUGAGCUUGGCCUGCUUGGCCCCCUGCGAGGCGAGAUCCUCACGGUACAGACCAUCUUUCCUUUGUUCAAGAAAUUGCUGGAGACUCUGCCCAAGCUUCGCAUCGAUGCUGCCAGGGAAGCGUCGAGAUGGGGACGACCUCAAUGGAACAUGCACGAUGUCGUAACUAUCUUGGGCACCGCACUGCAACUGGAGUGCCUUCAUGUUGAUGCAUGGACCCCUUGCUACAGAAAGCCCGUACAGUGGUUUGUUGGGACUCUGCUCCUGAACAAGCUCCCAAGCUCAAAAACCUCAUUCUUGAGAAAGGUCAAAUGGACAUCACUGACCUUGCAGCCAUAUUGA